CAUAAAGAAAAGGACGUAAAAAACCCUGAUAUUGCUGAUACCGUUGACACUGCUGAUACCGUUGAUAUUACUGAUACCGUUGAUACUGGUGAUACCGUUGAUACUGGUGACACCGUUGAUACUGUUAAUAACGUUGACAAUAGGGCAAGAAAAAAACAAAAAAUUAAUAAUUCAAUCGAUGAUUCGAAUCACAUACCGGAAAUUGAAGCAAUAAAUGAAAUUAAUUACGAUUUUGAAGCACUUGAUAUUUCAGACUUAACCAAAAAAGCCAUCAAAAAUAAAGGCUUUACUAGAAUGACAGAAGUUCAGGCUAGAACCAUACCACCUUUAAUGGCUGGUCGUGAUGUAUUGGGAGCAGCUAAAACCGGAUCUGGAAAAACUUUGGCAUUUUUAAUUCCAGCAAUAGAACUUCUUCAUAAAUUAAAAUUCAUGCCAAGGAAUGGAACUGGAGUAAUUGUAAUUUCCCCUACAAGAGAAUUAUCUUUACAGAUCUUUGGGGUGGCAAAGGAUUUACUAAAACAACAUAGUCAAACGUUUGGUAUUGUAAUGGGAGGUGCUAAUCGACGUGCAGAAGCAGAAAAAUUAGAAAAAGGUGUGAAUUUACUGAUUGCUACACCAGGAAGACUAUUAGAUCAUCUUCAGAAUACUAAAGGCUUUAUAUACAAGAAUCUCAAAGCUCUUAUCAUAGAUGAAGCUGAUCGUAUAUUAGAAAUUGGAUUUGAAGAUGAAAUGAGACAGAUUAUAAAGAUUCUUCCAAAAGAAAACCGACAAUCAAUGCUUUUUUCUGCAACACAAACAACAAAAGUUGAAGAUUUAGCACGAUUAUCCUUGAGGCCGGGACCAUUAUAUAUAAAUGUUGACAAAGAAAAAGAAACAUCUACUGUAGAUGGUCUUGUUCAAGGUUAUGUUGUUUGCGAUAGCGACAAGCGAUUCUUAUUACUAUUUACAUUUCUUAAGCGUAAUCUUAAGAAAAAAAUAAUUGUGUUCUUUUCGAGUUGUAAUUCUGUCAAGUAUCAUGCAGAAUUAAUGAAUUAUAUUGAUGUACCAGUUUUGGAUUUGCAUGUGAGUGAUAU